CAUGGUGGGCCCAUCCGCCCCCCUAUACAAACCAGCCGCUGGCCCUCCCGUUGAGCGCAGAAGCGAGAGCAAGAGCAGCGCCACUCCCCACCGGACACCGACCCCGCCGCCGCCGGCCGCGCUCGAUCUCCUCGCCUCUGCCUCUCGUUUCUCCUUUCAACAAUCAAGAUGAGUCGUGGUGGUAGUGCCGGUGGUGGUUCAAGUCAACUGGGCUACCUCUUUGGAAAUGAUGAGGCCCCAAAGCCAGCAGUGGCACCAGCUGCACCAGCCGCAUGUGCUCCUCCUGCUGGGAAACCAGCUCCUCCCAAGCCUGAUGUGACUAAGCAGGUUGCUGCAGGGGUCACCAGCCAAACCAACAACUAUCACCGGGCUGAUGGGCAGAACACCGGCAACUUCCUUACGGACCGUCCUUCGACCAAGGUCCACGCUGCUCCCGGUGGUGGCUCUUCCCUGGACUACCUGUUCGGUGGGAAGUGAUGCUGACGGUGCUGGCGAUCACCAAGUUAUCCUCCGCCGCCAUCGUUAUCUGAACCAAGUUAUCCCCCGCCGCCAUCGUUAUCUGAAAAUCGUGAACAACCGUUGUUGUCGUUUCAUGUGUGUGCCCCCCCGUGCUGUGUGCGUACGGAUGGUUUCUAUGCGGCAAAAACCUUUCCGGCAUGGGCACGUAAGCUGUCGCUAAAUUCCAGGGCAAAUCGUAUGCCUGAACCUUAUUUCGUUUGCACUUUGCACCC